UUCUUUCCAUUUGGUGCAAAAAAAGAGGCACAGUUUGCGAGAGAUCGCUCAGCAGUGUGGAGUUGAUCUGAAGUCAGCAAAAUGUGGUGGGUACGAGUCGUCGUGGUCAUAUUUUUCGUGGGGUCGUCAUCCUCCUUGGUGGCGGCGUCGAUAAUGACCGUUUCUCCAGGGGAGGAAGAUGGUGGAAUUAUCGACAUUGACGCCGCAUCCACGCCGGGUCGUGGUUUCCUGGAGGAGGAGGAUUAUUACCCAGUGGAAUGGGGCUAUUCGACCGAGGAGGACGAUGGAGAGUGUGAGGAGACACAUUUUUACCAUAUCCGGGGAAGAAUUUGUGUCCCGUAUCGAUGUCCGAGGGGAAACUCGCAGAGGAAUUUUGACACGGGGCAGUGUCUCUUUACGACGGAGGAGGAAGGAGGUGGUGAGGUCAGAGGUCACGAGGUCAAAGGUCAUGACGUGGUAAAAGAUGACUUAUUCGAGGGGAGAAUGAAGACACCCUUUGCAGAAAUGCCGUCGCGUUGGUGGACCAGUAAUGGAGGGGGGUUGAAAGGGUUUGGGAAAAUGAGGAACGCCGACCGGAUGUCGAGGAAGGUCAUGAGGACGUAUAAAGGGGUCAAGAAUGCGAGAAAUGCGAAUUUAGAGUAAUUAUCAUUGUUGUCGCAAUUUAUCAAUUUCCAUUUUCUUACUGUUGCAUAAACACAUAAAAUUAUCCGAAUAAUAACUUAUCGAGACGAUCCGAAAAUAAAUACCACACAAGUAAUUUCUGCAUGUGCAAAAAUAAAUUGGCAUACACGUGUCAAGUAUGUACAUAUUGAAUUGAGAAAGACAGAUGCGUGAGUGUAUAUAAAUAUAUAUGUGUGUGUAAUAAACAGUUGGUCAGUGUCAA